AUGUUGGCGCAUCCGACUCUGGCCAUUAUUUGCGUGGCCAGUGUGUUCCGUAUAGGUAAGUUGUAAAGGGGCAAAGGUAUGAGGAAUAGUAAAGGUAUAAACAAUAGUAAAAGUUUCAGCUAUAGUAAAGGUAUGAUCUUUGUUUGUGGAUUUUUUUGAGGGUAGAGUAAUUUGUUUUUUGCCAUUAGUUUCUUUUUGUUUUUGAAGCUUUAUCUUCUCUUACAAGGUUGUUUAUCUUUCUUUUGAAAAAACCAUUUUUCUGGUUUGUAAUUUAGGUAGCAAAGUAAGUAAGUAGCUCAAGAGCAUUUCAAUGAGUUUUUAGCUGAAGGGAAGGAAAACAUUAAGAAAACUAUUUUUAUAAGCAUGCUUUUAUUAAUUUUUUUUUAUUUACAGGGAGUGAGGGUAUAAUUUUUUAUUUUUGUUGUACUCAUUUUUAAUUAAAACAAUUAGUCUUUCAUCUUUUGACAAAAUCUUUAGUUUAGCAUCAUGCGCAAGAUAAAUUAUUAGACUUAAUUUAAACUUUGCGGAAGAUUUUUGCAUUUGCAGGGCUAGGACUAGGGCUUAAACUAGAGUUUGGGUUUUUGUUAAACCUAAAUGCUAGAGCUAGAACUACGACUAGGAUCAAAGACAAAAUUAUUUAAAAUUUAUAUUUUUUCUGGUUUUUCAGCAUUAUCAGAGAACGUGCGAUGGGUUGAACUAGAAGAACAUACUGCUGAUUUUCCGUUUGAUGAAGAUGCAGCUAGAAAAGCAGAAGCUGCUUUCAAAAUCACUGUGGAAAACAAUGCAGCUGGAGAGAUCGUGAGGAGGAUAGAGAAGAUGUUCAAUGUAAGAUUUAAAAAGUUUUAAAAUUUGUACCUUUAGGGUUAGAUAACAUAACUUAGUGUAGGUAGGGUAGAGAAGGCUGGGUAGAGUAGAGUAGGUUGAGUAAGGUAGGCUGGGUAGGGUAGGAAAAUUUAGGGCAUGUCAGGAUAGGCUAAGUAGAGUAGGCAAGGGUAGAAUAAGUUGGGUAGAGUAGGGCAUGGCAGGGCAGGGUCAUAUUUUAUAUAAUGUAACCUUAUGCUUUUCAGGAUUCAAUAGACGGCUACGAAAGAUCAGUAUCAGAAGGUGAUAAGCAACUGAAAGUCCUCCAAGAGACGAAUAAUGCAGUUUUACCUCAUAUAGCAUACCUUAUGUUGAUUGCUCAUACGAUGUUUAUACUUCUAUUACGGCAGUAA